AUGCCCGGAGCUGCAGAGGAGAAUUCCUCCAGAAUCUCUUACCAUGGCAUGUUCCGGAUGUAUCUAGACUCACCCAACCACAGGGGACGUGAAAACCAGGGUUUGCCAAAGCAGGCAGCUAGCACCAGAAACUCUAAGGAGCAGGGGGCACGAAGGCUGGCAAGGGAUCUGAGACCCAGGUCCCACCAUUGCAGCCCAGUAACUGGAGCUCAGGCGGAACUGCCCUUUGCCUCUUCGAUUCUAGAAGGGUAUCAAGCGAUGAAUCGGGCAACCCAUAGAGAGAGCGACGCUUGUCUCCCUUACCCUGGACGGCCCAUUCCACAAGAACUGAUCUGCAAGUGGACUGACAGCAAAGGACACCACUCCAGGCAGGCUUGCUCCAGAAUAUUCAGCACCAUGUAUGAGCUAGUUCACCAUGUCACCAUGGAACACGUCGGAGGACCAGAGCAGACCAACCAUAUUUGUGACUGGGAGGGCUGCGCUAGGGAGAAAAAACCCUUUAAAGCCAAAUACAAACUCAUAAACCACAUCAGAGUGCACACAGGGGAAAGGCCGUUUCUAUGCCCGUUUCCUGGGUGUGAGAAAGUGUUUGCAAGAGCUGAAAACCUGAAGAUACAUAAAAGAAUCCACACAGGGGAGAAGCCGUUCGUGUGUGAAUUCGCUGGGUGUGACAGGAGGUUUGCCAACAGCAGUGACAGGAAGAAGCACACCCACGUGCACUCGAGCGACAAGCCGUAUCGCUGCAAAGUCAAAGGGUGCGAGAAAUCCUACACCCACCCCAGCUCCCUGCGCAAACACCUGAAAACGCACCGCAGCCUCGAGCCAGCCCUCUCCACCGCCACCACCAAGCCCACGGGGGCGCAGGAGCCGGGGGCUGGCGCCUGCCAGUCAUUGGCCAGCCUUGCCGCUUGUCUAGCCAGGUGUGGACCCUCCAGGUGCCAGGGCAGAGAGAGGGACACUCCGGAGACGGAAAGAGGGGGCGCCCCCCACGCAACCUCCCGCAGUGGGCGUGAGGCCAGACGGACCCCUCUGCCGGCUCGCCCCCAGCUCUGGCUCAAGGUGCCCUCCGAGGGCUCCCGCAGGUCUCCCAGCCCACUCACACUCCCGGCCGGGCUCGGAAAGGUCUGGGAGCCAGGGCACAGCAGGGCCACGGGCGCUGCCCACAGCAGGCCCGAAAGAAACGCUCCCCCUUCCAGGAGAGGGCUCAGUGAGCUCUGA